AAGAAAUUUCUCUGCCAAAUUCCCUUCCUUUCGGUCCCUUAUAUGGCUGUUGUCCAAUGAGCCCAUAGCAACAUACAUCGCCGGCUAGCUGGACUCCAUUGCCCCAAGCAUAGUAGAGCAUGACGAUGAUGAUAGGCGUCUCAUCCAAGGUGUUAUGGACUCGGCGGCCAUGGAGAUGGGCCAAGACUCUCUUCUUCCUGCUAACCAUGGUGGCCUCCCUUCUCGUUGUUUGCGCCCCUCCUCUUCUAAUCGUGGUUCUCGACCUCCUGGUCCCAACUGCCCUGGUAUCCACCUCUUCCGAUCCGGCCUUUCCCUCUGCACCGCUCGCAGCCCAGCUGAAGGAUUUCAAUUUCCGGACUUCGCUGGUCGACGUGCCCAUCAUAUCCGCAGCCAGAUCCCUCCUCAUCCUAUGUGUUUAUGUGGUUUGUGGCGGACGGGGGCUGUACCUGGGGGUGGCGAUGCUGUGUGGCUUUGGUUCGAUGGGGUACGUGUUGGUUAAGGGUAUCGGGAUGUACGGGGCGGCGGCCUCCGUGCGAGGGGAAGGGAGCCAGGUGAGGGUUGACGGGAUGGACGGCGCGGCGGCGAUGGAGGGCUUGUUUUUGAGCUCGGCGGCGCUGGCGAUGGCUCACAUCCUGGUGGCCUACCGGACCGUCUGCCGGGAGAGGCGCAAGUUGCUUGUCUAUAGAAUUGACGUCGAAGCGGUGGCAACGUGCAAAAAUGACUUCCCUAGCUACCAUAAAAUUGCACUUAGCAAGUGAAGGCAAGAAAGAUUUUUUGUAUCUCUAAAGGGAGCCAUAUCCAAGGAGCAUGUAAAUUGCAAGGAAGCUUUCAAUGUUACAUGCCAAGAUUUAGUUCGAUCCAUGCCAUUUUAAAUCAAAGUGAUUUUCCUAUCAUUUGAUUUCGUCAACACAGCUAUCAGCUGUAAGUAGUCAAUUUUGUAGCAGUACGAUAGCUGUGUACAUACAAGUCUAUGUUCAUCUUGUAUACUUGUAUUUUAUUUGAUAACGGUGUGUGUGUAUAUAUAUUCUUUA